UCGCACGUCGUUGUCGGAAUUCCGUUUAGUAUAACGCAUUAUAUUUUAUAUUAUUAUUAACUGUAAUAUAAUAAUGGACAGUCGCCGUCGCGUAUCGCAAUCGUUGUUCCGUUUUUGUCACGCAUUCGCCUUAACCGUGGCGUUGACGGUCACCGGAAUCAACGGCGACGACGUUGGCGGAGGACAGGGCGCCGUCAAAGCACCGCCGCAAUGUCCGGGCAACGGAUGCGCCGCGUUCCGGUGUCCUGUCGCGGACCGAGACGUGUGUCCGCUGGGCCUGGUACCGGACGCGUGCGCGUGUUGUCCUUACGGCUUGUGCGGCUUGGGCGAAACGGCCGAAUGCAACGCUGCCGACCGGCCGUGCGCCGAUAACUUGGAAUGCAUCAAAACGGAAGACGUCAACGGUGGCGUGCAGUACCGGUGCACGUGUAAGGAGACCGUUCCAGUAUGCGGGUCGGACAAUAGGACGUACUCGAAUGCGUGUCAGCUGAACGAGGCGGCCGCGGAGCUCGGCAACAACGCGUCGCAACUCUGGGUGCAAUACAAGGGACCGUGUCAAUCGGCCCCUGUCAUUAGGUCAUCGUCCAAGAACUUGGCUGGUUCUAUCGGUCAUACCGUGGUGUUUGAUUGUGAAGUCAAGGGAUAUCCUGUGCCUAGCAUUAGCUGGACAUUUACGGACACAUUCGGAAUCACCAAAUGGUUGCCAGGAGAUGAUACACUAAUAACGAUACAGACCAGAGGAGGCCCAGAUCGUUUUACCGUCACUUCGUGGGUACAAAUUAUUGAAUUCAAACCUGCCAUGCACGCGGGAAAUUACACAUGUCUAGGCACUAAUUCGGUGGAUGUGACUACAGCUUCAGCCGCGUUGGAUGUCCGCAAAAUGGUUUAAAUACGUCUAUUUACAACAUUUCUUAUACUUGUGUUUGUAUUUUUUUAAAUUUAUUUUUGACUUGUUUUAUUUUUUUUUAUUUUUUAUUAUAAAAAUUGUGUAACUCAAAAGCUUGAAAUAUUUUAUUACAAGAUUAAAUAAA